AUGAUGUCGUCUGUUGACACCCAAGACAAUGCAUCGCGUCCUCCUGUAUUGAAGGAGUCCCAGCAGACGCGCAGCCCCGAGCCAAUCGAACCAGUUAUUGACACAGAAGACGCUCUAGUGAGCCAUUUGACUCAGGAUCUUCAACAAUAUGACUGGAUUCAGUUGCAAGAGAAAUACACCGACGCCAUGGAUGAGCAUAGUCGAGCUGAAGAAAACAUUCGUUCUGAGACGGCCAGGUUACUGGAGGCUUUUACAGCAUGGUCUCAGACAGCCGUGUUGCAAGAUGAGCAGCGGGCCUUAAAACGAUUCAAGACACAAAUGCAGCAUGUCCAGAAUUCUGAAGUGAGCGUGGAAAAUAAGAAAAAGCAUUACAUGGAAGUAGUCGAGGCAUUUCAGAGUGCGCUUGCCCUGCUGAAU